AUCCUACACCCCUCAACCACCCACAAACACCAUGCCCACCACCAACAAACCAACCACCCUCGCUCUCGAGCACCUGCAACCCUUCCUCCAGGAUAGAGCAAUAACCCCCGCCCUCACCGCCCAAUACAACACAUCCGCCACCGGCCCCUGGUCCCAAACCUGCUGGACCCGCGCCGCAGGGUACCUCCUCCCGCAAACCGUGGCCGAGCUCACGCAAGCCCUCGUGAAAUUCAAGCACACCCACGCCCGAUUCGCCCUCCGCUCGACGGGCCACAACCCCAACGCCGGGUUCAGCAGCGCGGACGGAUCGGCGCUCGUCCUGGAUCUCAGCCGGUUUCGGGAGAUGGAGCUCACGGCGGAGGGAGUUGCGCGGGUCGGGGCCGGGUGCACCUGGGGCGAGGUGUAUGGGUGGUUGGAGGCACGGGGGUUGGAGGCCGUCGGGGCGAGGCAGGUGCAGGUUGGGGUGGCGGGGUUUGUUCUGGGAGGAGGGAUGGGGGCGUUUCCGAAUCUGUAUGGGACGGGGGCGGAUGGGGUCCGGAGUUUCCAGGUUCUGUUGGCAGACGGCAGACUGGUCAAUGCCAACGCCCACGAAUACCCCGACCUCUACCGAGCCCUGAAAGGCGGAGGCACCAACUUCGGCAUCGUGACGCGGGUCGACCUCGAGACUCAUCCUCUACGCCCUAUCCAAUAUACCAUCGAACUCUACAGCCCUGAUGAUUAUAUGGAAAUCAAUAAAGCCACGGUGGCCGUCCAGAUGGCUAUGGAGGAGAAUCCGAAGAUAGGACUGUUUACGAACUUCAACGACGGCGUCGUCGCUGUGGGCAUGUUCUACGCCGACCACCACCCAGCCGCAUCAUCACCGUCCGCUUCUGCGUCCGUCUUCACGCCCUUCCACGACCUCCUACCCCGGAAAUCGGAUUCGUUUUCGUUUAAUGCGGGUCUCACUCCAACUCAAUCUACACUCUCCACCUUAACCCACAGCAUUUGAUUGAACAUGGGUUUCACGCAGUACCUUCAAAUGGAUAAGUAGGUACUGUACAUUCUAUGAGUAUCAUCGUACCGUAGUUGAAGCGGCUACCCCUAUCCAUGGCACAUAUUGGAGCCGCCCAUGUUCGGUUCAGCAAUAAGGUCUU